GAGCAUCAACCAACGAGCACCAGGCGCCCGAUAGCAUCAGUGUGUUUUCAGGAGUGUUUUAGGAGCCUUCGACCGAGAUCACCCUCGAAUCUCACACCAGCUCCCCCCCUUUUCGUCUGCUCCAGAGUUCCUCCAGUAAAGGGAUUCCGUGUCGUGUUCGGUGUAGUAGCACCUGGAAAAGAGAAAAAAGAUAAGGAAAAAAAGACAGAACCAGGCCCAAAACUGAUCAGCAUGGUGCGACUUCAUCUCGUGUGCGGUGUGUUCCUGUUUGCGUUCCUUAGCUGGGCCCACGGACAACCGGUCAAGGAUCAGGAGCUGGAGGAAGCGAUGAUGACCAAGCUACAGGAUCUGCAGCGGCUUCGAGAUGCCUCAGGUUCAGCGAAGGCGAGCGACGAGAAGUUGCAGCUGGUUGCGGCAUCCGGAACGGAUAGUGGAUCCAGCCUUCGGCCAGCAUUUCCCAUGGUGGCCACAAGCGGCGGUGGCUACAAGACGAAACGAUCUCUCAACAAUUCCGAUCGCCGGACGCUGCUGUACAACUAUUACUCGCGCGGAUUGGCCCCGAUGUACGAGAAGCGUAACUUUGACGAGAUCGAUCGCUUCGCCCGGUUCAAUGGUAAGCGCAACCUGGACUACGAACCAUCGUACGUUGGCACCAUGGACCAUGGUUACAGUGGCCGCAUGAGCAAGCGUAACUUUGAUGAAAUCGAUCGGUUCAAUGCUGGAUUCAACUAUCGUCUGAACGGUGACGAGGUGGCUGCGAUCGGCAAGCGGAACUUCGACGAGAUCGACCGGUUCGGACGCUUCUCCUUCAACAAGCGCUUCUUCCCGGAGGUGAACGAGCUGAGCGUUCCUGCCAGAAACGGUCUUAAGCAUGAUCUGUCCGAAGACAUGGCCGUCAUCAACGAAUACGCGCAGUAAGCUGGUGCCGGGUUCAGGCGCCUACUCGUUGACCGUAUCGUCCCGCCCGUGCGUCACGUGGGCGACAUGUCAGCAAUCAGCAAUUAGAUUCAAGAACGCACGCCGUACUGCUACCCUAGGUAUUACUACACUACCCACACAAACACACACACUGGACUCGGCAACGGUACUACCGCACAGCAGGACAAUGUUCGGGGACAAUGUUCUGGCCCCCGGCUGAAGGAUUAUUGUUUGUUUCCAUACUGUGUGUGAGUGUGUGUGUGUGUCUGUAUGUCCAAACCGAGACUGUAGCUGCCCUGUAUAUGUAUAAAAUAUGGAAUAA